AACGCAUUUAGGAAUGGGUCCGAUCCUCGCUUUAGUUAGACACGAGCUAGCAAGAGGAGUCGGAUUCACCUGAGGACCUGUUGGACAAAUCCGCUCCCGAGCUCCUCCAAGUGUCAAGAGAGGAUCUACCACCGUGGUCUACAGCGGUGAAGAUGCACAGCACGCAAAAGGAUACGACCUAUACCAAGAUUUUUGUCGGGGGUCUUCCGUACCACACCACAGACUCAAGUCUCAGGAAAUAUUUUGAAGUGUUCGGUGAGAUUGAAGAAGCGGUGGUUAUUACCGACAGACAGACCGGCAAGUCGAGGGGUUAUGGAUUCGUCACGAUGUCGGACCGCUCGGCUGCCGACCGGGCCUGUAAGGACCCCAACCCCAUCAUCGACGGCAGGAAGGCCAACGUGAACCUAGCCUACCUAGGGGCGAAACCCCGGGUGAUGCAGCAAGUACCCCCCCCCCCCCCCCCCCCCCCCACCCCGACACCCAUCCCACUCCGAUCAAGCAUUGACCUGAGGAACGGACCAGGCUAGACCAUCUGUUAACCUGGACGGGAUCGGUUGUCAAGUUGGGAAUAAGAGUUACCCAACUCGCAUCUUCCCCAAUGUGUUACGGUUGCA